AAAAAAAAAAAAAUUUCCCAUCUUCUGACUCUACUAAACUAGCAUUCGUGCAGCGAAGAUGGAUCGCAUUGGAAGUCUACCUGACGAUGUUAUUUGUCAUAUACUGUCUUUCCUCACGACAAAGGAAGCUGCUUUGACCUCGAUUCUCUCCAAAAGAUGGCGCAAUCUGUUUACACUCGUCCCUUAUCUCAACAUUGACGACUCUGUGUUUCUUAUUCCGGAAGAGGGUAAGCGAGAAAGAGACGGUAUCCUUCAAAGCUUCAUGGAUUUCGUGGAUAGGGUUCUAGCUUCGCAGGGUGAUGAUACUCCCAUCAAGAAAUUCUCCUUGAAAUGCAAAACUGGCAUCGACACGGAUCGUGUGAACCUUUGGAUAUGUAAUGUCCUCCAACGUGGCGUUAAAAGCGUUGAACUUGUCCUAGAUUUUCAUAGAUCCGAUGAUGACGAUUUAGAUGCCGAGUAUAUGUAUUUUCUGCCCGAUGAGAUGUUCGUUAGUACCAAACUGGUAGAGCUGAGUUUAAGAAGCGAGUUUGGUGUUGAGUGGUCGCGUAGAGGUGCAGACACUUUCUUACCAAUGCUUAAGACUCUCACCUUUGAAUCUACGUGGGUUCUGUUGUGUGAAGAUCUUGAGGUGUUUCUCUCUUCUUUCCCUGUUCUCGAGGACCUCCACAUGGCUCAUAUUGAGUGGCCGGAAACUGAUGAAUCCGUGUCAAGUCAAAGCCUCAGGAAGUUAACUAUCUAUGCUGGCGGUUUCCGAGACUUUCGAAAUCCGAAGAGCAUUUCGUUUGAUACUCCGAAUCUCGUUUACCUUGAGUAUUCUGAUUAUGUUGCCGCGGAUUAUCCAAAAGUUAACUUGCCCGAUCUAGCUGAGGCUGUACUCGACCUUAAGUUAACUGGACAUGACAUUGAACUAAUACGAGCACCAAAUGAUGAAGAUGAUGUUUCUCUGCGUCUUAGAAAUGUGUGGAAGCUCAUAAGUGGCUUAAGAAAUGUUCAGAGACUUUUCAUUUCUGCUGACACUCUUGAGGUACUGUCUCUAUGCUGUGAGUCGAUGCCGGUGUUCAACAACCUCAAAUUUCUAGGUAUUAUUAGUGCUGAGGAUCUGGGAUGGCAAGCAAUGCCGGUUCUCUUGAGGAACUGUCCACAUUUAGAAACUCUAAUCCUCAAGGGUCUCUUGCACUAUGUGACUGACAAAUGCGGGGAUGUAUGUGACUGCAUAUCUCGGGAGGACAAAGGGCGUUCUCUUUUAUCAUAUCCAGUAAAGAAGUUGGAGAUCAGAGAGUUUAAAGGAACAGUUAGAGAGAAAGAGAUGAUAAGGCAUUUCUUGGAGUCUUUCCCAUGUUUGGAUGAUAUGGAAGUAUAUGCCGACCAGAAUGGUAAUGAUCCUACAAACGUGGAAGUAAAUAGAAUUUAUAAAAUCGUUGCAUACAAGGUCCACGCGGAAGAAGUUUCCACGGAGACUGUGGUGGAGUCGAAGAGUAUGUCCCAAACCCAGAUGGAGGAGAUCUCCUCUCAGUUUACACCCCGCAAUAACAGAAAUAAGUACGAUUUUGUUUACAUCUUGCAUGGAGUUCCUCCUCCUCCUCCACCGCAGGAGAUGUCUCAGGACUACCUUAAGGAGCAGCUUGAUGCUGCUAAGACCAAACUUGCGGAACUUAAUGACGAAUAUAAGGAGAGGCAACGAGUCCAUGAUGCUAUGUUUGAUAGAAUUGUUGAGCAGAACCCGAUGAUAGCAUCAGCCUUGAAGGCUCGACAAUCUGCAACAGAGGGGUCAGAGGCGUCUAACGAUCAGGAGAAGAAGCGAGACUUCAAGUCUCUGUUUGAAAUCAUUGCGGAGCUGAAUCUAGAUCUUGCAUCAGUGUUGAGCGCUAGGCGUGGGACCGACUUAGAGGGAGGGGAGACGUCGAGGGAUCAGGGGGAGAUGACCGAGCUCGACCAAAUUACGUCCGAAGCUGUGGCAGCAUAUGUUUUGCCUCAAGAUGGGCACUAGAGUUAUUAUUGUUUCUAAUUUGUAAAACUUAUAUAUUACAAAUUAUUAAGGCUCGGCAUUCGGAUAUUUAUUUGAUCGGGUUCGAGUUGGAUAUUUUAGAUAUUGGGUACA